AUGAAGGGACCGCAAGCGGACGUAGAUUCGGACGGCGAGGACGACAUUAUUACGGGGCACAAGCACCGCCGAGCAGACACCUCCGCCGACAACGACAAGACGCAGGACCUCCCCUUUCUCACAGAAGACGUUUUCCUCAUCAUUCUCUUUUGGUGUGAUGAGGCGGAAGCCGUCGUCAACCUGUUGGUUUCCGGGGCCAUCAAUUUGAAGUUUUUGCUGUUCAGAGCCAAGGCCCGUAGGAUUAUGGUCUUGUACGGGAGAGAGCGUUGGAUACGAGCGCGACUGACGUGGGAUGAACCUUCGCUCAUGGACCAGUUGAUCCGAUACGGCGCGAACCACGGCGCGAACGUGCACGCCCAGGACGACGUCGCGCUGCGACGGGCUUCGGCGUUCGGCCACGUCUCGGUUGUCGAAUAUCUGCUGAACAAUGGUGCGAACGUGCAUGCCCAUGACGACGACGCGCUGAAAGGUGUUUCGUUUAGUGGUCACAUAUUGGUGGUGAAAUGUCUGAUCAAGCACGGCGCGGACGUGCACGCCCAGGACGACUCCGCGCUGAUACAGGCUUCGAUUGAAGGUCACUUAUCGGUGGUCGAAUGUCUGAUCAAGCACGGCGCGGACGUGCACGCCCAGGACGACUUCGCGCUGCAAGGGGCUUCGUCGUACGGCCACGUCUUGGUUGUCGAAUAUCUGCUGAACAAUGGUGCGAACGUGCACACCGGGGACGAUGGACCGCUGCGAAGUGCUUCGGCGUACGAUCACUUAUCGGUGGUCGAAUGUCUGAUAAAGCACGGCGCAGACGUGCACGCCCAGGACGACGACGCGCUGCGACGGGCUUCGGCGUAUGGCCACGUCUCGGUUGUCGAAUAUCUGAUCAAGCACGGCGCGGACGUGCACGCUGCGACAGGCUUCGUUUAA